AUGGAGUGGAGAAUGGAUAAUCUGGAGAAUGCUCUCGAGAGACACUCCGAUAUACUCGACAAUCAUGCUGAAAUAAUCAGAGAUCAAACAGUAAUUAUCCACCCUGCCAGUUCCACACUCAGAGACAUAAGUGAGACAGAGUUUAGUAACAAUAUCAAUUCAACAAACUUAUCAGACGGAACAAGCGUAUUAGGCGACCUCAGCAGAGCUUGUAAUGAACUCAGACGAUCUAUUGCCCUAAACGCAACUAAUUCAAAAAUAAACAUAAAGAGACAUUAUAAAUUAACAAAAAAAGUACCACUUAACAUUUGGUUAGACAAUAUAAAUGCUGAAUUAAAAGCUAAUAAUCUUGCAGACAUACUUGACGAUUCUCAACAAUCAGACGUUUCAGAGACAGUAAUAGAAAGACAAAACAGAAAAGACCAAGUCAGAGACAUUCUAAUAAGUCGCGUAGAUGAUUAUUACCAUAAUAAGAUUUUACAAAUAAAAGACCCAUUAGAAAUAGUCAUUAAAAUCAAAGAGUUCAGACGAGCAGAGGCCAAUGUUACCGAUUCUUCAGUCAGAGAAAAAUUAUAUAGUCUCAAAAUGAACAAUAGAGAAUCAGUAAACGAAUUUUGCGAUCGUUUUGACUCUAUUAUCAGAGAUUUUGAAAAUUGUAUUACCAAAACACCUCUGACGGAGGAAGAGAUAAGAUCGGCCUUCUUUCAAGCUGUUAGUAUAAAAUUUAAAGAAAUCAGAUCGGCCAAUAUUAUCAGACUUCAAGCAACCAAAUCAGAGAUGAGCCUUGAUGACAUAAAAACUUUGAUACUACAGCUGGAAUCAGACAGACGCAAAUCAGACGGUCAGCCUUCAGACGACAGGCAAAAAAAUUGCAGCUAAACAGGCGAUAAUCAUAGACAAGUGUUAUCGCUGCAAUAAGGUGGGACACAGAGCAGCCUUUUGUCCUCUUAAAGAGUACAAUCUAUGGUACUGCUUUUAUUGCCAGGCUGUAGCUCCACACAAAGGGGAUGAUUGUCCAAAUAAGGACAAUCCCAAAGAUGGAUACAGGAAACCAAGGAGAAACUAAUUCAGAGUAAAGUUCAGAGAAUAAAAAACGCAGAUGUACAGGAGGACAAGCGCCCCGAAGGGAG